CUAACCUUCCAAAUUCCAGAGGUUUCUCUUUGCUUAACAAAUUGACCUCUCACCCUUCGCUCUUCUUCACAUCAGUAUUGAUAAAUCUCUCUCUUUUCAUUCUUCGUUUCUGCAAAGCUUCAUUUCUGCAAACAUCAGACACAAACACAAACAAAAAAGCACAAGUACUGAUUUUCCAAAAAUCGAACAAGCCAUUGUUCAAACACAAAAAAUCAGGCGCCUUCCGUAAGUGUUGUAGGUUUUAUCAUAGUCGUCAUGAAUCCUGACAAGUUCACCCACAAGACUAAUGAGACCAUUGCUGGGGCACAUGAGCAGGCAAUGAAUGCCGGGCAUGCACAAUUUACACCGCUUCAUUUGGCCGCAGCUUUGAUCUCCGACACUAAUGGUCUUUUUAGGCAAGCAAUUGUCUCUGCAAGUGGCAGUGAAGAAGCUUCAAAUUCAGUUGAAAGGGUCUUCAAUCAAGCAUUAAGGAAACUCCCAUCGCAAACGCCUUCUCCUGAUGAAAUCCCAGCAAGCACUUCACUUGUUAAGGUGAUUAGACGAGCCCAAUCCCUGCAGAAAGACCGUGGUGACUCGCAUUUGGCUAUUGAUCAGCUGAUUUUGGGCUUACUGGAAGAUUCCCAAAUCGUGAGCCUACUUAAAGAAGCUGGAGUUAGUCCAGCAAGAGUGAAAUCAGAGGUUGAGAAGCUUCGUGGGAAGGAAGGAAGGAAGAUAGAAAGUGCUUCUGGGGACACUAAUUUCCAGGCUCUCAAGACCUAUGGUCGAGACCUUGUAGAGCAGGCUGGAAAACUUGACCCGGUUAUCGGUAGGGACGAAGAAAUUCGAAGGGUUAUCAGGAUUCUUUCCAGAAGGACUAAAAACAAUCCUGUACUUAUUGGAGAGCCUGGUGUGGGUAAAACUGCAGUGGUUGAAGGACUAGCUCAGAGGAUUGUUAGUGGUGAUGUCCCUAGUAAUCUUGACGAUGUGAGAAUUAUAGCAUUGGAUAUGGGGGCACUCAUUGCUGGAGCCAAGUAUAGAGGAGAAUUUGAGGAGAGGUUGAAAGCUGUGCUGAAGGAAGUUGAAGAGGCAGAAGGAAAAGUUAUCUUGUUUAUUGAUGAAAUUCACCUUGUUCUUGGUGCUGGUCGGACUGAGGGUUCUAUGGAUGCAGCCAACCUCUUCAAGCCAAUGCUUGCUAGAGGCCAAUUGCGAUGUAUUGGCGCAACGACUUUGGAGGAGUAUAGGAAAUAUGUGGAAAAAGAUGCGGCAUUUGAGAGGCGUUUCCAGCAGGUUUAUGUGGCUGAACCCAGUGUUCCUGACACAAUCAACAUUCUUCGAGGGCUCAAAGAGAAGUAUGAAGGACACCAUGGUGUUCGAAUUCAGGAUCGAGCUCUUGUGGUUGCUGCCCAGUUGUCAGCUCGAUACAUCACAGGGCGUCAUUUGCCGGACAAAGCAAUUGAUCUAGUUGAUGAGGCCUGUGCAAACGUGAGGGUUCAGCUUGAUAGUCAGCCUGAAGAAAUCGAUAAUCUUGAAAGGAAGAAGAUUCAGUUAGAAGUCGAACUCCAUGCGCUCGAGAAGGAGAAAGACAAAGCGAGCAAAGCUCGGUUAGUUGAAGUGAAAAAAGAGCUAGAUGACUUGAGGGAUAAGCUCCAGCCUUUAACCAUGAAGUAUAGAAAAGAGAAGGAAAGAACCGAUGAGCUUCGCAGGCUCAAAAAGAAGAGGGACGAGCUCAUAGUUGCUGCACAGGAGGCUGAAAGGAGGUAUGAUCUAGCUAGAGCUGCAGACCUGAGAUUUGGAGCCAUUCAAGAAGUGGAGGCUGCUAUAGCAAAGCUCGAAGGAAGCUCAGACGAGAAUGCGAUGUUAACAGAGACUGUUGGACCUGAACAAAUUGCAGAAGUUGUAAGUCGUUGGACCGGAAUCCCUGUUACAAGGCUUGGCCAGAAUGAGAAAGACAGGCUAAUUGGUCUUGCGGAGCGGUUGCAUGAAAGAGUUGUGGGACAAGAUCAAGCAGUUAGUGCUGUCGCAGAGGCUGUUUUGAGGUCAAGAGCUGGUUUGGGAAGGGAACAGCAGCCUACUGGUUCAUUCCUUUUCUUGGGUCCAACUGGUGUUGGAAAAACUGAGCUUGCUAAGGCUCUUGCGGAGCAGCUUUUUGAUAAUGACAAACUGAUGAUUAGGAUCGACAUGUCUGAGUAUAUGGAGCAACAUUCAGUUGCCCGUUUGAUCGGGGCUCCACCCGGCUAUGUUGGACAUGAGGAAGGUGGGCAACUUACAGAAGCUGUUAGGAGGCGGCCCUAUAGUGUCAUACUUUUUGAUGAAGUAGAGAAAGCACACCCCGCUGUGUUCAACACCCUUCUUCAAGUCUUGGAUGAUGGAAGAUUGACAGAUGGCCAAGGCCGUACAGUUGACUUCACCAACACAGUCAUCAUUAUGACUUCAAACCUUGGAGCUGAGUAUCUCUUAUCAGGACUAAUGGGCAAGUGUACAAUGGAGAGUGCUCGCGAUAGGGUGAUGCAAGAGGUUAGGAAGCACUUCAAGCCUGAGUUGCUAAAUCGGCUUGAUGAGGUUGUGGUUUUUGACCCUCUGUCUCAUGAGCAAUUGAGGAAGGUAGCUAGGCUUCAGUUGAAGGAUGUAGCAACCCGCUUGGCACAGAGGGGUAUCGCUUUAGGUGUGACUGAAGCAGCAUUGGAUGUCAUAUUAGCCCAGAGUUAUGACCCGGUUUACGGUGCGCGACCUAUUAGAAGAUGGCUGGAGAAAAAGGUUGUGACUGAGUUCUCAAAAAUGCUCGUGAAAGAGGAGAUUGAUGAAAAUUCAACUGUUUAUAUAGAUGCCAACUCCAAAGGAAAAGAGUUGACAUAUCAAAUCGAGAAGAAUGGUGGGCUUGUGAAUGCUGUCUCUGGACAAAAGUCGGAUAUAUUAAUUCAUCUCCCAAUUGGGCUUCAGAGUGAUGCUGCCAAGACAGUGAAGAGGAUGAAGAUUGAGGAAAUGGAUGAGGAUGACGGGAUGGACGAGUAAAUGGUAAAAUGGGGUAUGGGAUUAAGGGGUAAAUGCUGUGAUGCUUUAGUAACUAAAGUGGUUAGUUUUGUGGUGGUACUUUUGGUAUUAUUUCCAAGUGUUAAAUAGUUUUAGGGGUUUCUGCCCCUCGUGAUGUUUUUAAUGCAACUUAAGAGUGUAAUAUUUGUUUUUUAUUUUACCAAUGCUCUAUAAAUUUUGUAUUCCCUGUGUCCGAACGGAAUUCUAUUUGGUCUUUAUCUUUAGCGGUGGCUUCUUUCUGAUUGCUAAAAAUAUGACCUGAUGCAAGCAAUUGACCAAAUGUCCGCAACUGAAUUGUAUUAAAAUCUGACUCGUGAUGUACAAUAUAUAUGUGUAUUUAUAUACCUAAAAAUCUGGUGUAAUGCUUCACUAUACUAACUCGUACAUGUUUGAUCAUCUUUUUAUUGUUGGUUCAAGAAGACAAUAAUAAGAUUCUGAAUGUGGAUGCUGCUUU